UUGAAGGAGGUUACGUGCUUGUCUUCCCCCGUCCUGUAGAAGGAGGAUGAGGACGACCUGUCGGAGCUGCAGCUGCGUCUCCUGGCUCUGCAGUCGGCCAGCAGGAGGUGGCAGCAGAAGGAGCAGCAGGUGCUGAAGGAGAGCAAGGAGAAGAUCACCAAAGCUGUUAAAGCGCCUCAGGACAAGAGCGAGGCUCCGUGCGACAGGAACAAGAUGAGUGGAAACCGAGGGAACGCUGUGUGCAGGCUGCAGGAGAGAGCGAGACCUGCCAAACCUGCUCCGGACAAGAGCAGAGCGAGGAAACCGGCCCACCUGACCAAGCAGGCCUGGAGGAAACAGCAGCUGCGCACCUGGAAACUGCAGCAGCAGAGGCAGCAGGAGGAGCAGAGGAGCAAGCAAGAGGAAGAGGAGGAGAGGAGGAAGAGAGAGGACGAGAUUCGGAAGAUCAGAGACCUGUCCAAUCAGGACGAGCAGUACAACCGCUUCAUGAAGCUGGUGGGCUCCAGACAUCGCUCCCGCAGCAAGUCUGCAGAUGCUGAUCAGAGGAAACUGGUCAAGCAGAGUCUGGACACGUCGGGGAAUCUCUACCAGUACGAUAACUACGAUGAGGUGGCUAUGGAUACGGACAGCGAAACCAAUUCGCCAGCCACGUCUCCGACACAUGACGCGCUGCCUGUGUUUCCUCUGGAAUCCACACCUCUCAGACAGGUACGUUUAACCCAGACAUCAGUCACAUGGUGUGGAGAUGAAACGCCAGCUGAGAUCACCAGAAAAAGAUAGGUGCUUAAUAUGUGACAAUCAUAAA